GCGGCGGGAGCUCCGCCCGCCCCCGGCCCGCCGCUCUCUGCCCCUUGACGUGGCGCGGACUCUCCCAUCAGCCAUGUUGGCUGCGUCGGCAGCGCCGCGGCGGCUGGGUUCAGCGAGCGGCAGCGCGAGUCAGGCGGCGGCGGCGGGGACGCGGGUGAUAAAUAGAGAAGUUGACCAUGACAACCUUCCUGGAAUUUAUCCAGCAGAAUGAAGACAGAGAUGGAGUUAGAUUCAGCUGGAAUGUUUGGCCUUCAAGUCGUCUUGAAGCCACAAGAAUGGUGGUCCCAGUGGCUGCUCUCUUCACACCGCUAAAGGAAAGGCCAGAUUUGCCUCCUAUUCAGUAUGAGCCAGUUCUGUGCAGCAGGACCACAUGUCGAGCUGUUCUGAAUCCCUUAUGCCAAGUGGAUUAUCGAGCAAAACUCUGGGCUUGCAACUUUUGUUAUCAAAGAAAUCAGUUUCCUCCUACUUAUGCUGGCAUAUCUGAAAUGAAUCAGCCAGCUGAACUUUUACCUCAGUUCUCUAGCAUUGAAUAUGUAGUGCAGCGUGGUCCUCAGAUGCCUUUAAUAUUUCUUUACGUUGUGGACACAUGCAUGGAAGAUGAAGAUUUGCAAGCUCUGAAGGAAUCCAUGCAAAUGUCGCUGAGUCUUCUGCCACCAACUGCAUUAGUAGGUCUCAUUACCUUUGGCCGAAUGGUGCAAGUUCAUGAACUUGGCUGCGAAGGAAUUUCUAAAAGUUAUGUCUUCAGGGGGACAAAGGACCUAUCUGCAAAACAACUUCAGGAAAUGUUAGGACUUACAAAAGUAGCUGUUUCGCAAGUCGGUAGGGGUCCCCAAGUGCAGCAGCCGCCACCUUCUAACAGAUUUUUGCAACCAGUGCAGAAAAUUGAUAUGAAUCUGACUGAUCUUCUGGGUGAACUGCAACGGGAUCCUUGGCCUGUUCCACAAGGGAAAAGGCCCUUGCGUUCCUCUGGAGUGGCUCUUUCUAUAGCCGUAGGGCUCCUUGAGUGCACUUUUCCUAAUACUGGUGCUCGUAUAAUGAUGUUCAUUGGAGGACCAGCUACGCAAGGACCUGGAAUGGUUGUAGGGGAUGAAUUGAAGUUACCUAUAAGAUCGUGGCAUGACAUUGAAAAAGACAAUGCUAAAUAUGUUAAAAAGGGUACUAAGCAUUUUGAAGCCCUGGCUAAUCGGGCUGCAACAAAUGGUCAUGUUAUUGACAUAUAUGCAUGUGCAUUGGAUCAGACUGGUCUUCUGGAGAUGAAGUGUUGUCCUAACUACACUGGAGGCUACAUGGUAAUGGGAGAUUCUUUCAAUACAUCUUUAUUCAAACAAACCUUUCAGAGAGUAUUCACAAAAGAUAUGCAAGGACAAUUUAAAAUGGGAUUUGGUGGCACAUUAGAAAUAAAGACUUCAAGAGAAGUAAAGAUUUCUGGAGCUAUUGGACCCUGUGUCUCUCUCAACUCUAAAGGACCUUGUGUAUCAGAAAAUGAAAUUGGAACAGGAGGUACUUGUCAAUGGAAGAUUUGUGGGCUUAAUCCCACUACCACGCUUGCACUGUACUUUGAAGUGGUCAAUCAGCACAAUGCUCCAAUUCCUCAGGGAGGACGUGGUGCAAUCCAAUUUGUGACUCAGUACCAGCAUUCCAGUGGACAGAGACGUAUCAGAGUGACCACAGUUGCCAGAAACUGGGCAGAUGCGCAGACACAGAUCCAAAACAUUGCUGCGUCUUUUGACCAGGAAGCUGCUGCAAUUCUGAUGGCUAGACUGGCAGUCUAUAGGGCAGAAACAGAGGAAGGGCCCGAUGUGCUUAGGUGGUUGGACAGACAACUUAUACGACUGUGUCAGAAAUUUGGAGAAUAUCAUAAGGACGAUCCAAGCUCUUUCAGAUUUUCAGAAACCUUUUCACUUUAUCCACAGUUCAUGUUUCACUUGAGAAGAUCUCCUUUCUUACAAGUUUUUAACAACAGUCCAGAUGAGAGCUCAUACUACCGUCAUCAUUUUAUGCGUCAAGAUCUAACCCAGUCACUUAUCAUGGUUCAGCCAAUUCUCUAUGCCUACUCCUUCAAUGGACCUCCAGAGCCUGUUCUUCUGGAUAGCAGCAGCAUUUUGCCAGAUCGCAUCCUCCUUAUGGACACCUUUUUCCAGAUCCUUAUUUAUCAUGGAGAGACCAUAGCUCAGUGGCGUAAAUCAGGUUACCAAGACAUGCCAGAAUAUGAAAACUUUCAUCACUUGCUACAAGCUCCGAUAGAUGAUGCCCAAGAAAUUCUCCAUUCCAGAUUCCCGAUGCCCAGAUACAUUGAUACAGAGCAUGGAGGAAGCCAGGCUCGUUUCCUGCUUUCAAAAGUUAAUCCCUCUCAGACUCAUAACAAUAUGUAUGCGUGGGGACAGGAGUCUGGAGCACCCAUUCUUACAGAUGAUGUCAGCUUGCAAGUAUUUAUGGAUCAUCUGAAGAAACUUGCUGUCUCUAGUGCUGCCUGAGAUUCUGCUGUUAAUUAAAACCACAAAUAAGCUGGAGCUAAUUUCAUCUUUUUCUCCUUCACCCUUUUCCAUGUCUUUCUUGACAGAAUGCUCUGAUAUGCACAAGCUGCCUGACUAAAUUUAAAGCAGUGUUGUUUUCAAAGAAAAGCUUUUAUCAGCAAAUGUCUUAAUGUAACCUGCAAUGUGUAAAAAAAAAAAAAAAAAAAACAAAAAAACCCAAAAAAAACCAAAACCACAACAGGUAGGAGGUUUAAUUAGAUUAUAUUUAGAGGAAAAAGAACAGUCAUUUUGGUUACUGUAAUACUAUAAUUACAUUGAAAACAUUUAUAACAACUUUGAAAUGUGAUUUCUCCUUCCUUUUUAAAUGGCUGAGGCUGAUUCUGCUUUGCACUACAAGGGCAUAUUGAACAAUAAAGGAAAUCUUUGGUGACACCAGGUUUUCCAGACUGCCAUAUGACUACUUUAGUUUACUCAAUUUGAGCAAGAAGUGGACAAAGAAGCAAUAAAAACCAUAUAACAAUAAUAUUAACUCACUCCUCUGACUUAGUCUGCCAAACUGUUCUUUUCUGCAAUGAUCAGUUAUUGUUCAUGUGCUGGUUGUUUUUGGACUAUUUAAUUUCAAGUAUUUCCUCUUCCCUUUCACCCUGCUCGAUUCUUUGGGAGCACAGUUUUUCUUACUCUCUAUGUAAAGAAUUUGAAUAGAAAAAAGUAAAAAAAAAAAAAAACCCUGUUAUUGUGCAAAGUUUAGAAUCCACAUGCUGUAUUUUUGACAAAAGUAUCUAUUAUCAGAAAAACAGUAACAAAUGAAUAUGUUCAAAAAUUAUUUUUAGCUUGAGCUAAGAGAAACCAUACACUACCAAAAUGAACUGACGAGAAGUACAGCCUUUGAUUUUUGUCUAUGAGUAUGCUUUUAAAAAAUAUAUUUACCUUUUUUUGAUAAUGCCUUACAAGGUCAUUACACUAAUGCAUGACACUGCACAUACGCUUUUUGUUUCUGCUUCCUUUUUGUUAUGAAUUCAACAGGCUGCCGUUCUUGUUGAAACAGUAUUAUAUAGAAUAUGCUGUAAUUAACCUGAUACUUAGUUCAUAUCUGAUUUUUGGGGGUAAAUUAAUAGGCUUUCCCAUUUGCUUUUUGAAGUUUACACAUGCAACAGAUGUUUACAUAGGUGAUAUGACACUUUGGCAAGUAAAGAUGUGAAAUGUGGUAUUGGAUAAUACAAAAUGGUGCCAAGCCUGAAGCAAGAAAGAGAGAAAAUGUUUGGACAUAGGAAAUUCAAUCAUAUAUUGGUGUGAUAAGCAUGAAUUUUUUUUUCCUGUUUGUCUGUAAAUUCUGGGAAACUUGAUUAUAUCAGAUGCUCUCCAUUUCUUUUAUCUAAAUGAGAUUGAACUCCAUUUGCCUCAAUACAAAUAAAAUAUAUGUUUUCUCUCA